AUGAGUUCUUUAUUCGGCGGCGCCGGUUUUGGGGUCACAGGCGGUCUUGGGGCUUCGACAAGCGCCCAAGCCCAAACAGGCGCCCCGCAGACUCCAAGUCUCUUCGGAUCAACCCCUACAAGCUCUUUUGGCGCUAGGCCCUCGGCCACAGCACAAUCACAACCUGCCCAGACUCCGCUGUUUGGCCAAUCGCAAGCUCAACCUCAACAGCAGCAGCAGCAGCAGCAGCAGCAGCCUUCUCUUCUAGGUCAAUCCCAGGCACAAGCAGGCGGCGCACAACAGCAAGCACCAAUGUCAUCCCAGGCAACUAAACCGGCGUUCUUCAACAGUCUUCUGGAGCGCGGUAAGAAGCGACCUCUAUCUGCCGCUCAAAACGGCAAUUUCGAGGACGUUCCCAAUCUUCACCUGGGUCUAGAUGAUAUCCGGAGAAAGGCACGGGAGCUUGGAAAAGCGGGAUCCAAUGAGUCCCAACAGAAUGGCACGAACACCAAAGCUCAUUACCUCCUUGCAUCCUGUGGCAUCACACCCGAGCGAACACUGCGAGAUCUUCGCUCGCUAGACCCGCAGACCUCUUUGACUCCGACGAGAGAAUCGGAUUUUGAUCCGGAUAACCAGAAAUUCUUGAGAAACAUCCAACAGCGUGGCCGCCAGGUGAUGAUCGCGGAGAGUCUUUCUCGGGCUCAAAAGGAUUUCGAUGCAUUUUUGGAAGAGAAGGUGGACAUGGAUUGGGAAGAACAACGCCAGAAUAUUUUCAACCAUUUUGGCCUCUCUCAAAAAGACAGCCCCAACGGCGCAAGUCUGAAUGCUACAGCAAGGGGCGGGGCCUUUGGCCGAUCGGCGCGCCAAUCGAAGCAAGCAGGUCCUCCUGCAUCUCGGAGAAGCGUUUUCGGGCGUUCAGGCUUUGAUAAAUCUGUUAUUGGAACUCCGGGUGCCGGCCUCACAAGUCGCCAGUUAUUCGAGGAUCCAGCAGAGAGAAACGAGGCGCCUUCGAACGGUUUGCCCGAUCAGCGCUUCUUACGAGAGAAAAUGGGGCACUACGCUGAAAAGGUCCAGCAGCUGAAUUUGACUCGACUUGCUGGGCAAAUAUACCCAGUACUUCACGAAUUCUCUGAAGUUGAACUGCACACUGGGGGCGACGUUCCCCGCCAGCUGUAUGGAGCUUAUCAAGCACUGAUAAAUAUUGUCCACGAGAAACCAACUGUCACCGGCUCAUAUGACCCCGAUGCAGUCAAAGAGCGACACUACUCAGCAGACUACCAGGAGGAAUCAAACAAAUCUCGCCAGGCCAUUAACCUCAAGAAACAGAUCCUUGAAGGGUCAAGGGGAUUCCUCGAACAAAUGUUCUACACUGAGGUAGAGAACCUCAUCUCCAAGAAUCCCCGUGAAGCCCAACUAGGUGGUAUUCCAUCUGUGAUCAACAAGAUCCGAGCUUACAUCCGCGUUCUUGCCGCCAGGAAGGAUUUGGGCGCAGACAACUGUCAUUUACAGAUGAAUGGACAAGAUUACUGUUGGAUCCUCAUCUUCUACCUGCUACGAUGCGGUUUCGUCACAGAGGCAGCUGAAUAUGUCAGCCGUGAUCCCGGAUUCAGGUCCUUAGAUCACAAAUUUGUGACUUAUAUGACCACCUACGCCCAGAAUCGGCGCCUUCCCCGAGACUUGCAGCAGAAGAUUACUGGAGAAUACCAGCAGCGUUCUCUCAAUGCCCCUCAAAAUACCAUUGAUCCGUACCGCAUGGCUUGCUACAAGAUCGUUGGCCGCUGUGACCUUUCUCAGCGUCGUCUAGUUGACGUGAACCAAACUGUUGAGGAUUGGAUGUGGCUGCAGUUCAGUCUGGCUAGGGAGGACGACCGCGCCGAGGAAGCGGCAGGUGAUACAUUUGGUCUCGAAGACAUCCAGACUGAUAUAACUGAGAUUGGCCAAAGGGUGUUCGCCAAGGGCCAGGAUGCGCCGGGCGGCUUUGGAACAUUCUUCCUGCUGCAAAUUCUGGGUGGAAUGUUUGAGCAGGCAGUGGCUUAUCUGGGCACUUAUGCGCCAGUUACAGCCGUUCAUUUUGCCAUCGCGCUGUCGUUCUAUGGCCUCCUACGCGUCUCAGAUUUCUAUACUUCUGGAGAAGAAAUCCUUUCUUUCACUGUGAAACAGAAUGCUCAGAUCAACUUCGGCUAUCUAAUCACUCAAUAUACGCGGGAAUUCCGUACUGGGUAUGUCGAAGCAGCUAUCGACUACUUCACUUUAAUAUGUCUCAAUACAGACCUUCCAGGCUCGCUUGGUAAAUCUCAAUCAUCAGUUUGCCACGAGGCCCUGCGAGAGUUCAUUCUCGAGACUCGAGACUUUGCCAAGUUGCUGGGAGAUAUUCGUGCCGACGGAACAAGAAUCAAGGGUAUCAUUGAGCAGCGUCUCGACUUGAUCAGGCUGGCAGAUGAGAAGGAUUUCUUGAAGAACAUCACCUUGCAAGCUGCAGGUGUGGCAGAUGACAAGGGUCUGAUCACCGAUGCGGUCCUCCUCUACCACCUGGCAGAGAACUAUGACCGCGUAGUCGACAUCAUCAACCGUGCCUUGUCUGAAUCAAUUGCCGUCGAGCUGGGCGGCAUCAUGCUGAAGCUCCAGCCUCUCCGCCCCCGUGUCGAGGAAGGCCAAUCAAACGACCAGUCCGUACCUGGAAGUAGCCUGAGCUUGACUGCUGUCGAUGACCCGGUCGUCCUCGGUAAGAACAUGAUCUUCCUGUACAACUCCAACCCAAUGUACUAUGACAGCAUUCGCCCAGUCAACCGUGAUUCCUGCGGCCUGCUCCUCUGUAUGAUGGAAGCCAAGGUUGAAGUGGAAGCCGGCAGAUGGGCACCUGCACUCGAUGCUAUUGACAAACUCAACGUCCUUCCUCUGCAAGCACAGGGCUCUAUGCAGCACAUCCGAAGCUCGGCUCAGGCAUUCUCCUCCCUUCCGGAGAUUAUCUCCCGCAAUGUCGGCCACGUCAUUAUGUGGUGCAUUGCCUGUAUUGAUCAUGAGCGUCGCCGACAGACUUCGGGUCCCUAUGAGACAGAUAUGCACCAGGGAUUCGCGGAACGACUUUUGGCUAUGGCGAAGGAUCUCAUGAUUUUCUCUGGCAUGGUGAAAUACAAGCUGCCACCUAAGGUUUAUGAGGCUUUGGCUCGCGCGGGUGCUAACAUUGGUGCCUUUUGA